AUGCAAAGCCUGCACACGCAGGCAUCCAUACAGCACCUUCCUGCUCAUAGACACACGCGCUCUACAUUUGCACAACAGGGCUCUGAGGAGGCGACAGACCAGAAGAACUGUCGUGGAAACAAAGGGGAAAUACUGGGUCAGGGCUGGCACCACACUCCUGCACACUGCGCCCCGGGGUGCACCUCCAGGGCGGGGGCGGAGCUGACGCGCCAGUCCCGCCCCAGCCCACGUCCUCUAACUGUCCCUUCACUGCGCCUUUCCAGUCAGGAAGCCGUACGAGGAGAGUCUCACGUCGGACGCCAGCUGGCUGCCUUCCUGGGCGCCCCACGCUGCGCCAUGCUGCUCCUCCGAAGUGUCCUGGCCCCACGCUGCGCCAUGCUGCCCCUCCGAAGCGUCCUGGCCCGGGCUCUGACCGCACGCAUGCUCGCGCCCCAGGUGUGCUCAUCUUUUGCUACAGGCCCCAGACAAAAUGAUGGAAUGUUCUAUGAAUUUCGUACCUAUGCUCUUAAACCCUCAAAGGUGAAUGAGUUCCUAGAAAACUUCAAGAAAAAUGUGCAUCUUCGGACAGCUCACUCUGAAUUGGUUGGAUAUUGGAGUGUAGAAUUUGGAGGCAGAAUAAAUAAAGUGUUUCACAUUUGGAAGUAUG